GCUGCAGAAAGAAAGGAAAAACUCCAUUAAAAACCUCCAGCUUUCCUCCAUGUUAGAAAUGAAAUGGAAAAUGGAGUGGAUUUAGCAGGAAUCCCUGAUUCCUCUGGCCAAGCUGGAGAAGGGGAGAAGAGAAUCAACACCUCAGACUGCUGAUAUUUUUAAAGUCGCAAUAAAUAUCAAGGGCUCUGUGACAGGAUGAGUGUUUCCUGACUCAAGCUCACAAGAAAGGACAAUCCUUUUUUUAAGAUUGAUGUAUAAUUUAUUUACCUCAAUGCUUCUCUUUACUGAUUUGGGAAUUUUUAGAGGCAGCUGGAACAGCCUGGAAAUAUUAGUAUGAUUUCCUGAGGUUGAGAGCCUCCCAAACUCAGGAAGAGUGAGUACAAUCGCACUUCAUUUUUCCUUCAUGUGCACUUGGAAGUCCUGGGACCAGCAGCAGCACCAGCAAGAAUGAACUGUAAGGAAGAAGAUGACAACAGCACCGACUGCGACAGCAAUAAUGUGAGGAAGAUGUUGAAGUGUGUAGUGGUUGGGGAUGGUGCAGUUGGGAAAACCUGUCUGCUGAUGAGUUAUGCCAAUGAUGCCUUCCCGGAGGAGUACGUGCCCACUGUAUUUGACCACUAUGCAGUGACUGUGACUGUCGGAGGCAAGCAGCACUUGCUGGGGCUAUAUGAUACUGCAGGGCAGGAGGACUACAAUCAGCUGAGACCCCUCUCUUAUCCCAACACGGAUGUGUUCUUGAUCUGUUUUUCUGUGGUGAACCCUGCCUCUUACCACAACGUCCAGGAAGAAUGGGUGCCUGAACUGAAAGUCAGCAUGCCGCAUGUGCCUUAUGUGCUCAUAGGAACACAGAUUGAUCUUCGUGAUGAUCCGAAAACUUUGGCUCGACUACUUUAUAUGAAGGAGAAACCCCUCACUUAUGAACAUGGAGUGAAACUAGCUAAAGAGAUUGGAGCACAGUGUUAUUUGGAAUGUUCAGCCCUGACACAGAAAGGCCUUAAAACAGUCUUCGAUGAAGCAAUCCUCACCAUUUUUCACCCUAAGAAAAAGAAGAAACGCUGUGUGACGUGCCACAGCUGCUGUACAGUUGUAUGAGGUCACUUGAAAAGCAAAGCAGGACAAUGCUAUUUUUCAACUAAACCCCCCAGGUUAGAGUGGCAAUGAGUGUCACACACAAACUGAAAUGGGGAACAUGACCAGAAAGGAGUCUUAUUAAACCACAUAUGAUUCCUCCAUUCUGUGAAACCUCAGGCUGUAACAUGUUAGCCAGCUAAUGUCUAUUUGCUUUCCUAACCCUAUAGAGCUGUAUGCAGCCUUUUCCCACACUAUGCUCGUAUGCACUGAGCCAGUAUAAAACAGGAUGUCUGCUAAUGGCUGACUCUGAAUCAGGUUAGGGUGCUGUGUGGAAAACUUUAAAGACACUGUAAAAACCACCAAGAAAAACUUCAUUUGUGGCCUUAAGGAAGAAUUGAUCAAAAGUAUAAAUUUAUAAUACUUAAGAAUUGAAUAUGAAUGGAUCAAAAGCACAGAGAAAUCAUUAGGAGUUUAAUAUGUAAUCAUAUAUAUUAUAUAUAGGAUAUACUUUCAAAUUACUUUUCUUUAUAAGAUACUCACUAAUUUCAGGAUCUACUUUAGUUUGUUUAAAAUGACAUGAAAGCAAAGCAGUAGUGACUCCAAUUCACAGUAACUCAUGUUACAGCAUCAAGCCAUCAAAAUGGAUCAAUAUUUACAUCCAGAUUGAAGGAAUGUUCUUUUUACUACGCAAAAUGACAAAUAUCUCUAUUUUCUACAGAAUGUGUCCAGGCUGGACCAGGAGGUUUUCAGAAGUUGGGUGAGGGAAAACAGUGUAAGUGAAAAACUGUAGCAUUAAUUUGCAGAAACAAAGUGAUCAUAUCACCAAAAAAUCUUGUGACAGACAUGAAAAACCAGGAAAGUGUUGCAUUGCCACGAGUAUUAUAAAUUCACUCUACAGAUUGGGUGCAUUUCCACAUCUCACCCAGCGGAUGAAAACAAAAACGAACAAGCCAAAGUCACACUGAUGUGAAGUGCUUUAUAACGAUCCAGUUGCCUUAUUUGAAAUAGUUUUUUAGAAAUGAUCUUGUGUAAAGAUAUUAAUUGGAGCAGACUCGUAAACAUUUCUAUUUACUGUAGUCCUCUCUCUGCUCUUCAUUGCUUUGUCUGUGUCUUCCAUGUUCAUUAUUGCAAUUAGCAGUUAAGGUAUAGUGUGGGUAUGCUACUCAGGAACUUUCUUUCAGACAAUAUGCAGGAUGAAGUGCUGCAGCAUGCAGUACGGAUACAGGAAGCCUGAUCCUCAAAGGAAUGAAAGCUGACAAGAAGCACUCUUUGCUGUUGAAUAAAGUGUGCCUUUUUGCUAAGGCUUCUCCAGGGAGCCUGUUGUUUUGCACAUCACAGCAAGACGCCGUUAUACCACAGACUCUCGGAGGUGAACUGUGAGGGUGUCUUAUUACUUACAUCUGCCUAUGAGUGCCUUGGAAAUGCCCGUGUAGCUGUCUUGUUAUGGAUUUCAUUUCUGAUCAUACCUCUCCAAGGCAUACAAUUAUAAUGCCAGCAAAUCCAUGUUUCUAGGCCUAUAAAGUAACUCCCUGAAAAAAGCAACUGCCAGAGUCAGUGUUUCCAGACCUAGUAUGGAAUUGCACCUUCUCUCACCAGCAAAGUGUCAGCACAGGGAUUAAUUUACCCACCCAUGUCUUGGAACAGCCAGCAUUCUCCUCUUUGGGUGUACUGUACAGUGCUUGAGUCUAUAGAGGGGCAGCUAGAAAGCCUCUGCCAUUAACUAGAGAUUAGGGAUCCAAUCCUACAGACCUUAUUCAGGCAAAACUCCCAUUGACUUCAGUGGGAUUUUGAGCAAGGACUGUAACAUUCGGCCCAAAGUAAGCAACAUCAUAGAUACAAGGCCCAAUCCCACCUUCAUUGCAAUCAAAGACAAAACUCCCAUUGACUUCAGUGAUGACAGUAUCCUUUACUACACAGAUAUUUGUAGAAGGUUUUCCUAUAUGAGAUCGUUGUCAUUACAUUGUAAAAGCCUUGCUCUGGAUUCCAGCUGCCCAGAGCCCAUUAAAAUCAGUGGCAAGUGCAUGGCUAGAAUGUACUGGCUGUAUCUUUAGGGUAAAUGAAGCAAUUUCUGUUUUAGUAAAUGCAACUCACUAGAAUUCAAGGACCCACAAUCGUAUGGACACUAAUUUAUGCUUUGCCAUUGACUCUAAUAGGAGCAGGAUCAGAUGCCAAAACAUUUAUAUCAGUACAGGUCACCCAUUAUCUCCGAGACAUAAGGGAUAUUUAGCUAUGGUAAUUAGUAAGUAAGUGUCUUUUGCUAUGUUAUUGCUAAGGAUACGAUUCUGUCAUGGAGGUCACGGAUUCCAUGACUUUCUGGGAUCUCCAGGUCUUCUUCCAGGGCAGGGCUGGAGCAGCUGUCAGCCCCAGGGCCACCAAAGCAGCAGCUCCAGGGCUGAAGCCCACUGGGGAUGAAGCUGCAGCUGUCAGCCCCUGCCACAGGAGCAGCAGUGGAAUUAGAGCAGCAGCCAGUGGUCAGCCCUGGAGGCCGCUGGAGCAGAUAGCUGGUGAUUGGUCUGAGGGUCACCAGAGCAGCAAUCCCCCAGCCAUCGGAAGAGCAGCUGGCCCCAUGGCCAGCAGAGCAGUGAUCCUCCAGGCCGCCGGAGCAGCAAUCCCUGGGCUGCUGGAGCAGCUGGCCAGCAGGUGCCCCAGCGCUGCCACAGCAGUGGCCAGGCUUGGAUGAGCCCUCCCAAGAAUGGAGCAGCAGAGGGUUCAGCCCCCAAUAGUACUAGUUGUUAGUCCCCCAUCCUGCCCCAGCAGGGUGUUUUUUGUAAAAGUCAGGGACAGGUCACAGGCAUCCAUGAAUUUGUGUUUAUUGCCCAUGACCUGUCCUUGACUUUUAGUAAAAAUACCCGUGACAGAAUCUUAACCUUAAUUAUUACACAAUGGAAUUGUGAUAAACAUUGGGUCACUGUUCAUGGACAUGGCUGAAAAUGAAGUUGUAGUAAGUCAGAGAUGCUAAAGAAAAUCUGGUGUGUGCCUUAGGGUAUAAAUCCCUAGUGACCACUCUGGAUCCAGUUUCAUCCUGUCGAAGGGGUUGUCUUGGAAUAUGUUGACAGAAAGUUUGGGAAACGUAGCUCAGACCAGAAAGCGAGCCCGGCAGCAAUGUCAUUUUCUUCCAUAUGAAAGGAGCUAUGGUUUGCGUCUAGGUGAAUGUGUUAAUUUCCUAGUGCAGCUGGGCUGCAGGUAGCAUGUAUGGCAGUGGUUUCUCUGGACUCUCACGUAUCAGUGGUGCAGCAGGAAAGUUAAGAGCAGAUGGAAUAUAGAAAUGUUUGGAGAAUAUUUUAUUGACUUAGGGCCUGACCCAAAUCCCCAUGAAAUGAACAAAAGCCCCCUGCCCCCAUCAAUUUAUUUCAAUGGACUUUGUAUCAAGGGUUUAGAGCUCAAUCUGAUCCCACUGAGGUUUGCCACUGAUUUCAAUGGAAGAUGGCCUGCUUAUUCCGUUCCCCAGGAAUUGACUCGAUAUACAGUAUACAUAUACCCAUGAGUCCUUGGGUAAGGGAGAAAUGGGGCCAAGUCUCUUUCACCUGAACUGCAAUACAUGCCCUAAGGUUGGAUCUGCCAGAUAAUGUUACAGCUUUUCUAAAUUGAAGAGAAACUAAAACUCUAGAUUGACAGCUGAGCUUAUAAAAUAAUGAGUACUUUGGAGAAGUGCAAUAUAUCAGUCCCAUCAUGCCUCUGAGGAAGCCACAUAUAAUUGAACGAUGGGUUUUGGGUGGUGUUUAAUAUCAGUGGUGCCUGUUAAUAAUGAUGGUAUGACAUAUGACAGGCAUGUUAAAUCAGAAAUUAAAUUACCAAUUAUAUCAUUAAUAUAACUGCAGUAAUUUUGGGAAACUAAAUACUGUGAUAAUGAAUGCUAAAAUGCUAAUAUCCUCAUAUAUUAAAAACUACAGACCUCUGUACAAAUCAUUGCAUAGUAGAGAAAGCAGAUGGAGGAAUAUUAUUAUUCAUAAAAAAAUAUUUUAAUUAAUGCAAGGCAAGACUUUUUUGCACUUAUAAAGUGAAGUAAAUCAAUUUUGAAAGGUGAUAAAACUGUGAAUUAAAGAGAUGCUUUCAAGCUGCUUAUGACCAAAAUUUGACCUUUCCUCAAAGGGUAACAAUCCACUUACAAAUGGCCUCUGGAUUCUACGUAUUUUUUAAUUUCCUGCCAUCAAAAAUAAACGUUUUAAAUAUACUCACACUUUAUGUAGGUCCUACAAGCAGGGAUGGCUCUAGGCAUUUUGCCGCCCCAAGCAUGGCAGGCAGGCUCCGGGACCAGCAGACCCUCCGCAGGCAUGCCGCCGAAGGCAACCUGCCUGCUGCCCUCGCGGCGACCGGCAGAGAGCCACCAGUGGCUUGCCGCCCCAAGCACGCUCUUGGAGUGCUGGGGCCUGGAGCCGCCCCUGCCUACAAGGCCAAAUUUUCAAAAGGCCUCUUUAACUGUCCCCUGACCCUCCAGCCCCGUAUUUGUGAGUGCACAUACUUCUAUGCCCAGUAACUUCCCAGCUGUAAAACUCACUAUGUAUUUUUGAGGGAAGGAGCUCAACUUGCAUGGGUAAAUGUAAGUUGUAGAAGCACAAGUUGAUGCCCUUUCCAAAUAUUGUGGGCAGAGUUAAGGAUGACCUUUGAAAAUUGGUCUACAGUACCUUGUGCUUUUCUGCUACGGAGCCAGCAGAUGGAGUAUGAACUGAUGAGCAAAGACUAUUCUCAGAAUUGUUGUGACAAUGCUGGUGGUUCUAAAGCAGAAAUACGGAAAUGAAUAGAAACAUCAGAUUACUUUUCAAGCCCCAUUAGAAACAACAGAAACAAUAAACAUUUGCCUACUGAAAGGCUGUAGACCAGCAAUCUAAUGUUACGGUGCCAAGCUCCUGCAGUGCCCACUGGAAAUCAGGUCCUGAAUUCAUAAGGAAGGCAAAUGUUAUUUUAAAGCCUAUUAGAGUAAGCAAAGAGUAAAAACUACUCCAAGAAAUUAUUUGACAAUGAUUAUAGUUUAUCUCAAUUGAUGUUAAAGCCGUUUCUGACAUACCUACUUUUGUUAAUAGCCUAUUAUCUUUUCAAAUGCUUUCAGAUCUUAAAAAGAAUGUGCUAAAUCCUAGCCUGGGCCUUUUUUUUUUUAAACCUACAUAUUCUCUCAAGAGUUGGUUUUAAUUAAUAACUAAAAUGUAAAUAAGGUCCCAGCAAAAAUGUGCGUGGGGAGCUCUUUGACGGUGCAUGCCAAUAAAUGGAUGCUUUGUUGUCACCUUGGGUCUGAUUAAAUAAUUCUAAUGCUUACAGGACUUCCAUAAACUUCAACCUCAGUUAUGUAAACAUAUGUAAUGCAGGAUGGGGCACUUAGUAAUUAAACAAAAUAUAUUCAUGCAGAUAGGAGGGCUUUUCUGUCUUGCAAGAGAAAUUUCUUCAACCUAAUAAAAUUCAAGCGCUUUUCUAAUUGA